CGUGCAGUUGCGCAGAGUUGUGUAGUGAUAUUUGUACAACCUAGCAAGAUGUCCACAAGGUGAUGAUCUGAUCGCAAGUCUCGAAGAUAAAAGUGAAGUUAUCAUUCAUCGUGAUAAAGGUGGACGUUGCAUGCAAUCGAUUUUGUCGUUUUAUUCUCGAGGCUCUUGUAACAAUUUCAACGAUAUGUCCGAUUAUUUUACGGAGAUGGGCUGGACGCCUCUGGGUGACGGAGAGGCGCCGAAUCAUCUGAUUCAAAUGGCACGGUUACUGCGAGAUUUAGGCAUGUGGGACUUGGUCGGAGAAACGGAACUUCCACCGCCAGCGUCGAAGGAGGCGGUGGCUAAUUUACCAGAAAUUAAAAUUGAAUCCAGUGAAACUAAGCAGUGUCCGAUUUGCUUGAAGGAAUUCGAGACAGACAGUAAAGCAAAAUCAAUGCCAUGUCAUCAUGUGUUUCAUCAAGAAUGCAUUUUACCAUGGUUAGAAAAGACUAACUCGUGUCCACUCUGCCGAUACGAAUUGCCAACAGACGAUGAGGACUAUGAAAUGUACAGGAAAGAGAAAAAACGAGCAGUAGAAAGAGAGAAGGAUUUAGAAACAUUGCAUAAUUCUAUGUUUACGUAGUAAUAUAAAUUUUAAUUAAAAAAUUGCACUUUAUCUGUUAUGUAAGUUAAGUAUUAUCACCAUUGAAUAUCAUUCGUUAGCUAGAACCUUAAAUUACUCUAUACUGGUAGUUGGAAAGACAGUAAUUUUAUAUAAUAAAUGUACGUAUAUCAAAUCAGAUUUAUAAUUAUUUAUUAAAGAAAAUAUCACUCGUAAUAAAAAAUUGUAUAAAAAAGGAAAUACAUGUAUAGAACGUAUAUUUUUAUAUGUACAUUAUCUGGAGAAUACGGUAUUGCCGGUAUCUCGUUUGUGAUGCGAAAUGUAGUAAAUGUGAUGGUUGAAUAAAGAGACAUGAAUUAUUAAUAGGAAAUAAUGUUUAUUAUACAGUGUACAUAUUUAUUAACUUCAUUUAUUUUUAUUUCUGUUAUAAAUUUUAUAUUAAUAAUUGUAUUAUGUUUUUUGCCGAGCGACGAAUGCCUUGAUCAGUGUGCGCUUAGACUAUAACAAUCUCCGUAAAAAGUAUAGAAACUUCUGAUUUUUAUUUUGUUCGUUUGGUUUAUUCUUUUAUUCCUCUUUCUCUCCCUCUCUCCGGUCUCUUCGUCUUCUUUCACUCUACGCCUCAUUCUUUCUUUUUCUCCCUCCCUCUCUCUCCCUCUCUUUCUCUCUCUCUCUUCCUCUCUUCCUCGCUCGCUCGUUCAUUCUCUCAUUCUCUCUCGCUUUCGCUCUGUCUCUUUCUCACCAAAACACGAUCGCUAUGAACCAUAUCACCAAAGAGAAUUGCCAAAAUAUGUUGCGCUGAAAACGGCAUAAUCGUUCGGCAUAUACAAAUAAUAGUACUGUCGAAGUUAAAGUAAUUGGCGGUUUAUUCAUUAUCUUUUUUUUUUCACUCGUAUCGGUGACGACAUUCCGAAAAAAACGACGCACCGCCGCCGUCGCGCCCACAUGGAUGCGACCAUUUCGUAGUUUUUCCUUUCCCAUUCUCAUCCCCCCCUCACAAUACUUCACCCUAGAGGGGGUUAGUAUUUUAUCAAUUAUUUAUAUAUAAUAUGCGUAAUAAUAUAAAUAAUGUCGUUAAUAUAUCUAUGAUGAUUACCGUUUCUUUAAUGAUAAACUAUCUUGAAUGAUACACUUCUCUGCUAAUGGCCAUGUCCGUAAUAGCUAGUUAUGUAAUCUGUAUGCGAGCUUCAAGUGGGAUAAGGUACGUCGUACAGAACUUUCGGCUCGGCAUUCAC